CGACAGCUGGAAUAGACCUUUCAUUGUACCUUCUCCAAUUCUUUUGGGCCAAGCACUUUAUACACUGAAGGCACCUAUACCAUGUUGCUUUUCAUCCUGUUGGCUGUACUGUGCUGUUAUGCUGCCUUGUCUUAUAUACUUCUGCGUUUCCCCUGCUUGAUUCAUCGGACGAAACCACUUGGACCUGUCCCCGUGCACAUCAGUCAUCGUGGAGGUGCUGGCGAACGACUUGAAAACACAAUGGAUGCCUUCCAAAAUGCUGUCUCCCUGGGCACUGAUAUGCUGGAAUUGGAUUGCCACCUCACUCGUGACAGUGAAGUUGUCAUCUUGCAUGAUCCGAAUUUGAAACGAAUUACCGGGGUUGAUGUGGAUGUCAGUAACGUCAACUACAAUGACUUGCCAAUAUACUUGUCCAAGUUGGAAGUAGAAUAUCAUCCUGGUGAGUUUAGCCCGAAGGCAAUCAUACUUUCCAGUAAAACCGACGCCAACUUGAUGCUUAUUGUCCACGUUCCUCGGGCUGCGGAUUCACCAAUCUUCUUGUUGCCAGUUAACGUUUCUAGGUUAUAUUCGAUGAUCUAUUUACAUCCAGCUGACGGACGAGUUAAGCUAAGUCAUCACUGCAAGGCCACUCCCAUGACAGAUCUUCGGUUCCUGCGACUUGAAGAAUUACUUGAAGCUUUCCCCAACGUCCUGAUGAACAUCGACAUCAAACAAGAUGACGACCGUCUGAUUCAGCGGGUUGCAGAACUCUUGCAAAAAUUUCACCGUGAAGACUUAACAGUUUGGGGCAGCUUUAGCUCCGUUGUGGCGGCCAAACUGCAGCAGGCCAAUCCACGAAUCAAGCGUUUCUUCCCGCUUGAACCGGUUCUGUGGAUGUUCGCUGGCUACUUCUUCGGGUUUCUACCCUUCAUGUCUUUGCCGUACGACUAUUUGGAGCUUCCGCUUAUCUGUGCUUUCAACCACAAAAGCUUCGCGACAAUGAAUUGUCGACGUUUAUUUCUGAACAGACUUACUUUGUGUUCCAAAAUUCCAUUUCGAACCAUGCAGUACAACAUUAAAGUCCGCAACCUUGAUCCUCCAUAUCUGUCUGCUAAACCACCCAUUCCUGUCUACCCCGAGUUGCAGUUCGACGUCAAAUGCCGCGAUUUUGUCAUCUUGGAACAAUUUUGCACCUACCUGCGACGCUUUCUCUCCCGACUGAAUCUUGAUGUAUAUAUCUUCGCGUUACCUGCCAAACUGACAACUUACCGUUUGUACCAGCCGAAUUCCACCAAUGUGCGUACAACGUUCGUACUAUCAGACUAUCAUCGUGUCGUCCGGUUGAAUGGUCUCAAGGCUAUACAUUUGCCUCUACUAGUGGAUUUGGUUCACCAAAAUUUGCCGGAAGGCGUGGAGCUAUCACUUAGUCAGAGCGACCCCAAAUCGGACGACGCCCGUUAUGUGCCUCAGUUGGAAUUAUAUGCGUUGAAAGAAGAACUGGCCAAGCUGUCGAAAGCUGGCUGA